AUGGAGGGCUCGGCCAGCCCGCCUAGGGUGUGGCGGGUCCUCCAGGGCGACGGCAGUGAUGGCAUUCUGGUUCGUUCGGAGCAGGGCCUCUCCAGCACCGUACUUGGACGUUUGAGUUUCGGGGCGCUAGUACUCGCUGAAGCUGAGGCCGGCUCACGACUUCGGUUCCGACUGCUGCGGGGCAAGGGGCCCUUGCAGGGCUGGGUUUCGCAAAAAGUUCAGAGCAGACAGCUGCUGGAGAGGGUCGAUGAUCCUUCGUCAGCACUACUGCCUCCUGAUAGCAGCGGGACGCCAUUGCCGCACAUCUCCAUGGAUGUUUUGCCUAGCUGCGGCUGGGCCUCCUGGUACGAUCUCCGCCGUGUGGCCAACUUUCGGGAUGUAGCAGAUGCGCUGGGCCCUGGGACACCGUUGCGGUGCCGCGGUGGCCGCACACUGCGACGGAACUGGCUUUUUCGCUCUGGACACUUUGCAGCUGCCACAGAGGAGGACCUGGCCACGCUCGCGAAGCUGCGGCUUCGAACGUAUGUGGACCUGAGGGAGGGCACCGACUUCGAGGGCGCAGAUGCUCCCGUCUACACGCAGCUCUUCCCACCGAGCCCAAAGGAGCGUCAAGAAGGCAAAGGCAGUCAAAGUGCCACACAGGCUCCAGGCCGUCGGGUGUGGUGCCCAUUUACGAAGGACCUCCGCUUGCGACCUUGGACGCCGGACGAGAAAGCCGGGCUCGUGCCCGAGAGCGACACCAAGGCGUGGACGUCGUGGUGGUUCCAGCGAGCGAGCCGCCAGGCGAUGGCCGGGAAAAUCAACUUGCCCAGCAACCUGGCAGCGGUGAACCGCGCGGCGCUCUUUGUCAACGCCGCAGAGAUCCGCGCGGCUCUACAAACCCUCACUGAGGAAAGCAACUUUCCACUGGUUUUCGGCUGCGUCGCCGGGAAAGACCGGACUGGAUUGCUCAGCUGCCUCAUCCUAAGCGCCCUGGGCGUGGACCGCGAGAUCAUUAUCGCCGACUACUUGAAAACCAACCAAGCAGCCCGGCACAUCGAUGCUUGCAACCAGGUGGGCCAGCACCUCUGGUGGCAGCAGCUGGAAGUGGAGGCGCCGGAACGGUUCCGGCGCCUCCGGCCUUCGCUGCCCACACUUCGCUUCGAUGCCUCCUGGGAGGGGAAGACGUGGCAAAGUCGAGGCCCUGACGGCCCCGAGCAAGAGGAUCGCGAAAAAAAUGGCAAUGAAGGCCCUUUGGAUGGCGCGGGCGUGGACUCCGCGCUGGCCAGUGGUCCGCCUGCAGAAGCUUUGCAAAGCUUGCAGAGCUCCGCGGUCUACGAGGGCAUCGUCCAGUACACGCUCAACAUGCUGGAUGAAGAAGGAGGGGUCUUGUCCUACCUGGAAUCGAUUGGCUUCGGGCCGGAUGACGUGGAGAAGCUGAUAGCUAACCUGACAGAGUGA